CCUCCGACGCAGCCCUGCCUAUUCUUUUUCUUGACGUUCUUCCCUCUUGCUCUUGUCAUACAGUUUGGGGAUGCCGUUUUCUCUAGUCAACUGUUACAACUGAUAGUAUUAAAGGAUAUCUGCGAGAGUCAAAGAUACAUACUUUUUCGAACGUUGAGUAUUAUUCGACGGCUACUUUUUCGGAAGUGGUCAAUCGCGAACAGAAAGAGAAAUGGGGUAACUGUACAUUCGCCGAUGCUCUAUCCGCAAUUGUCAUGUCGUUGUAUUGUUUCUUUUGACGGUUAAUUCUUAAUUAAUCAACUAUGAAAUGUGGGUUGACAAUUAGGCUUAAGUCGUUCAGUGUUUUGCCUUGGGAGUGGUUGGUUUUGCGGGCAUCAUUUGCCCCCCCCAAAAAAAUACAUAGUUUUCAACGACAGACAUCCACCCAUGGUCGUGGUACGCGCAGACUACCUGACCUAUGUUUUUUGUUUUAACAACUGUUUUUUAUCGGAUCUAACAAGCUGCUCUGUUCCGGACAUACACUUACAGUCAUCACUGGACAACACAGAAUUGCUUUCUAAAAAUAUUUUUAGUAUAGUAAUGGUGCGAUAGUGAGAAGAAACCUAUUUUGGGUUAAUUUUAUUCCCAAAAUGAGGCACAGCAUUGAUGUCUUUCUUCACAUGAAGAAUCAGCCAAACAUGAAGUGGAUAGCAUAGUAGGCUAUUCAGACAGUUUUCUAGACAACUGUCUGUGUACUGUCGUAUCGGUGCUGCCUUGUUACAAUGAAAAUUAGUAUUGUUUGAGAAUACAAUUUUGUCUCACUGCUCUCAAACCUGGGGUUGCCGGUAGGAUAGGCAUCUAUUGCCUUGGAACACUGACUAGGCGGUGGAGCGGCCAAUGUCGACUGUUAUCUUCGGUAGAAUAUAAUCCUGAAUAUACCCACAUACAUACAAACCAAGUAGGCCUUUAGCCUAAUAGAAAGGAUACCUCAGGGACAAUGUCUUCUCGUGCAGCACUACCUGGGAACGAGCGGAAAUCGGACCUCCAUACCUCUCUCUCGACGAGCCGCUCGGAGAAGAGCACCGGUUGGUCGAGCAGAUCACUCGGAGCACGAUGCCGGAACUCUAUCACCUUGUGUUCGGAUGAGCAGCCGCAUAUCGGCAACUACCGUCUGCUCAAGACCAUCGGCAAGGGCAACUUCGCCAAGGUCAAGCUGGCCAGGCACAUCUUGACGAGCAAAGAGGUUGCAAUAAAGAUCAUUGACAAAAACCAGCUCAACCCGACCAGCCUACAGAAGCUCUUCAGAGAGGUACGGAUCAUGAAAGGCCUCAACCACCCAAAUAUCGUGCAGCUGUUUGAGGUGAUCGAGACGGAGAAUACGCUCUAUCUGAUAAUGGAGUACGCUAGUGGGGGUGAAGUGUUUGACUACCUCGUGUCCCAUGGGAGAAUGAAAGAGAAAGAGGCGCGGGCCAAAUUCCGUCAGAUUGUGUCUGCUGUCCACUACUGUCACCUGAAGAACAUUGUUCACAGGGACCUUAAAGCUGAGAACCUCUUGCUGGAUGCCGACUCCAACAUCAAGAUCGCAGACUUUGGCUUCAGUAACGAGUUCACCAUGGGCAACAAGCUGGACACGUUCUGUGGCUCCCCUCCCUAUGCCGCUCCGGAGCUGUUCCAGGGGAAGAAGUACGACGGGCCUGAGGUGGACAUCUGGAGCCUGGGGGUCAUCCUCUACACGCUGGUCAGCGGAUCACUGCCCUUCGACGGGCAGAACCUCAAGGAGCUGCGGGAGCGUGUUCUUCGGGGGAAGUACCGUGUGCCCUUCUACAUGUCCACCGACUGCGAGGGCAUCCUGCGCAGGUUCCUGGUGCUCAACCCCACCAAACGCUGCACCCUGGAGCAAAUCAUGAACGACAAGUGGAUUAACUCUGGCUACGACGGAGAAGAACUGAAGCCUCAUUUAGAGCCUGUGGAGGACCACAAUGAUGCCAGCCGCAUCGAGGUGAUGGUGGGGAUGGGUUACACCCGUGACGACAUCAAAGACGCUCUGACCACUCGGAAGUACAACGAGGUCACCGCCACUUACCUGUUACUGGGACGCAUGAAUGAGGUGGAGGGCAGUGAGUCUCGGUCAACAAGCAGUCUGAGCCUGGCGCGUGUACGGCCCAGCACCGUCACCAACGGCACCAGUAAACUCUCCACCUCCUCCACCACCUCCGCCUCGGCCUCCUCCUCCCACAGCAAGACCACCCAGCGCAGUGCCUCCACCUACCACCCCCGCAGGAGGCACAGCGACUUCUGCGGUCCAGCAGCGCCCCCGUCCCACCCCAAGCGUAGCCCCAGCAAUGUGGCGGGGGCAGACAGGGAUCUGAAGGAGGAGGGGGGGCGCAUGGCGUCCCGGAAGGUCAGCAGCAGCAUGGUGGGCAGCCGCUCCAUCCAGCCCCCCUCCAGCCCCAUGGUCAGCAGCGCCAACAACCCCAACAAGUCAGAGAUCCCUGACCGCCGCAAGGAGAUUAACACCGCCACGAACAACGUCCCAGCAAGUGCCAUGAUCCGACGGAACACGUAUGUGUGCACCACGGACCGGAACAGCACAGACAGGCCCUCCCUACUACAGAACGGAAAGGAGAACAGCUCCAUGUCCCACCGGCUGCCCCCGGCCUCGCCCUCCACCCACAGCAUCGCUGGGGCCUCGGGGACCUCCUCUUCCUCAGGCUCCCGCCUCACCCGGGGCUCCAGCAUUCGCAGCACCUUCCACGGUGGCCAGCUGAGGGACCGGCGGCCUCCCUCCCACGCCCCCCCCACCUCCCCUACCCUGUCCCACGAUGCCAGCCCUUUGCCCCACGCACGUACCCGCGCCACCUCCAACCUGUUCAGCAAGCUCACCUCCAAGCUGACACGCAGGGUCAAUCUUGACCCCUCUAAGCGUCCCAACUCAAACAAGUCCGUCUCGGGCUGCACUCUUCCGCAGGGAUCAAAAACAGUUAGGUCACAGACGAACCUGAGAGAGUCUGCAGAUCUCCGGUCACAAGCCUCGGCUGCACAGUCUCUGGUCAAACAGUCUCUGGUUAAAACCAGCAGUCGCCAUCUACCUGGGCAUCAAAAAGCGGCAGAGCCCCGGACCCCCCGAUGCGGCUGGGAUGUGAGGGUGCGGAGCCCGCGGGACCCGGCGGAGGUGGUGCUGGCGCUGCGCGAGGCGGCCCAGGGCUGCGGCUGCCAGGUCCACCUGGCUGGGCCCUUCCUGCUCUCCUGCACCCACGGGGCGGCUGGCUCACGCGUGGCCUUCGAGGCUGAGGUGUGCCAGCUGCCCGCCGGCCCCGCUGAGACCAGCGGCGUGCGCUUCAAACGCCUGUGGGGGGCGCCGCUCUCCUUCCGGGACAUCGCAACAAAAGUGUCCAAGGAGCUGGAGCUCUGAGGGCAACAGGGGGUGGGGCAGAGAGCAUCUACACUGGACAGACUGACCGAGGGGGCAGGAGAAGGAGACAGGCAGAACCCGCUACCCCCACUGCCAACCUCACCUCACCCCUGCCAAAGACCCGCUUCUGGUGCCACACGGACACGCAGGCGCACAGGCACGGAUGGCCCGGGCCCGCCACUCACAGACCUAUGACCUAUGAACCCUGCUGAGGCACCUCAAUAUUAUGUGAAUCUAUGGAGUCGAGCAGUUAUUUUUUAAUUCCAUAUUUGCAGAUGAAGAUAUUUUUCGUCAACGUCGUUAUGAUUAUAUUAGUUGUCAUUCCUUUUUAACAGCUGCUAUUUAAAAGGUUUUUCAUUUUGUUUUUCUUUUUUUCCCUUCAAUGAGCAAUUGACGCAGACUGAAUGCAUAUUUAAGAAACAAGGGGCCAGCCCUUUCCUAGACAGAACUAUAGAGCAGGGGUGUCAAACUCAUUUUGCCCUGGAUGCCGCAUUCGUUCUUCAACAAGGUCCGGAGGGCAACACUGAAAUUGUGUUAUAUUUCCUCGGGGGCCAAAAUUUGCCAAAAAUGGUCUAUCCACUCAAUCCAUCAUUUUUUUGAAUUUUUUUAUGCUCCCUGACUGUCUAGCUUUCAUUUCAGUGAUUAUGAACGAGCUGGACACAGUCA